AUGCUGGAGCAUAACUUUCACUUAUCUACUCUGGUGAAUGGUCGAUCAACUGAAAAGUUUAAACCUAGUAAAGGACUUAGACAAGGUGAUUCUUUGUCUCCAUACUUGUUUCUUCUUGUGGUUGAAGUGCUCUCAAAGUUUCUAAAUGAUGCAGUUCAGAAAGGUCAAAUCUCUGGUUUCCAAGUGGUAGAGAAUGGUUUAAUGAUCUCUCAUUUACAGUUUGCUGAUGAUACUUUAAUAUUCAUUGAUGCUUCAGUGAAGGAGGUUAGAAGACUUUUUAUUAUUUUGUCAAUAUUUGAGUCUUUAACAGGAUUAAAUCUUAACUUGGAUAAGAGUACAAUGGUUAGUGUAGGAGCAGAUGAUAUCAUUGAGGAUUUGGCUAAGGAACUUGGUUGUAAGACUGAAAAACUUCCUAUAAAUUAUUUAGGAAUGCCUAUUGGAGCUCACUGGAGGAGUACUUCUGUUUGGGAUCAAGUUCUUAUUAGAAUGAAGCAGAGAUUAGCAACUUGGAAGAAGAAAAUAUACUCAAGGAACAAACAAGCACUUUGGAGAAGAUUAGUGCAACAGAAAUUUGCAGUUCAGCAAGAUAUUCUUAUGCCUGCAACUGAUAACAAAGCUCGGUGUAGAAGCUUAUGGAAGAAUGUGGUGAAUGUGGUCACAGAUUUACAAGGCUUUUGUCAGUUUACAGUUAAGAAUGUGGCAGACAUGGUUGUUUCUAAUGGAUGGAAGAAUAAUUUCAAGAAAAUUUUGGAUGUUAAUGAGAAACUUGAAUGUGAUCUUCUUAGAAGGGAUUUAGGAAACACCCAUGUGUUUGUAGAGGAGGAGGAUGAGCUACAUAUUGUACAACAUUUUACUGCUAAGAAGUGUUAUGAUGCUCUUAUGGGUGAACUAGAACCAUGUCAGUUUCAUCGGCAUCUUUGGAAGAGUAAUAUACCUAAUAAAGGACUGUUAUUGGAUUGUUUGAUUCCUGGUCUUAGAAUGUUCUUCAUGGCAGGGGAAGGAAAGUCUGGGAAAUUAUACAUUAUGAUGUUUGCUGGAUCAUUUGGAAUGAGAGAAACAGUCGAGUGUUUGGAGGAAGACAUAAGAACAUUGCUGAAAAUAGAGAUUUAG